CUGCACCCACGUGCGGGGAGUUAUAUGCUCCUAGUCGGCAGAGGAGCUGGGGCGCGGAGCACUGAGCUGAAUCAGUUAGAAAAGUGGCACCAUGGCUGGCAAGCGAGUCUGCAUUAUAGGCUCCGGCAACUGGGGUUCAGCUAUUGCCAAGAUUGUGGGUGGCAAUGCAGCCCAGCUGUCACACUUUGACCCACGGGUGACCAUGUGGGUGUUUGAGGAAGAUGUCGGGGGGAGAAAGCUGACAGAGAUCAUCAACACGCAGCACGAGAAUGUCAAAUACCUGCCAGGGCACAAGCUGCCCCCCAACGUGGUGGCUGUCCCAGACGUGGUCCAGGCUGCCGCGGACGCUGACAUCCUGAUCUUUGUGGUGCCCCAUCAGUUCAUCGGCAAGAUUUGUGGUCAGCUCAAGGGCCACCUGAAGGCAAAUGCCAUUGGUGUAUCUCUUAUUAAGGGGAUAGACGAGGGCCCUAAGGGGCUGAAGCUCAUCUCUGAAGUGAUUGGGGAGCACCUUGGCAUCCCCAUGAGUGUGCUGAUGGGGGCGAACAUUGCCAACGAGGUGGCUGAUGACAAGUUCUGUGAGACAACCAUUGGAUGCAAGGACCAGACCCAAGGACAGCUUCUGAAAAUGCUGAUGCAGACGCCCAAUUUCCGCAUCACAGUUGUAAAAGAGGUGGAUACGGUGGAGAUCUGUGGGGCCUUAAAGAAUAUAGUGGCCGUGGGGGCUGGCUUCUGUGACGGCCUGGGCUUUGGCGACAACACCAAGGCAGCAGUGAUCCGACUGGGGCUCAUGGAGAUGAUCGCCUUUGCCAAGCUCUUCUGCAGCGGCCCUGUGUCCUGUGACACCUUCCUGGAGAGCUGCGGUGUCGCUGACCUCAUCACUACCUGCUACGGAGGGCGGAACCGAAAGGUGGCCGAGGCCUUCGCCCGCACAGGAAAGUCCAUUGAGCAGCUGGAGAAAGAGAUGCUGAAUGGCCAGAAGCUGCAGGGGCCCCUGACAGCCCGGGAGCUGCACAGCGUCCUCAAGCACAAGGGCAUGGUGGACAAGUUUCCUCUGUUCAUGGCUGUGUACAAGAUAUGCUAUGAGAGCCAGCCUGUGGGUGAAUUCAUCUAUUGCUUGCAGAAUCAUCCAGAACAUUUGUGAGCGGGCCUGGGGCCCAGGCCAGGCAGCUUCUCUACUCCAGCAAGGCUGGGGUUACCUGGCCCCCAGAAUCUCUGGGACCCUAUACGGAACUGCUUCUUCUCAUGGAGGACAGGAGGCUGUGGGGUGCAACUACCUACUGGGGGAUCCCAAACCAUCAAGCAGCCUCUAGCCUCUUGCCACCACAUCUCACCAGAAAUGGAGUUGCCUUGUCCCUCUCCGCAAGUGGGCCUUUCUCUUUGUCUUCUGGGAUGGGUAGUGUCAAGCCCCAGUGCCGCGUGCUCUGGGUGUGUGUGCGGCGGGGAGGGUAGAGGUGUCGGGAGGCAAGAGCUACCCACUGCUGCCUCACACAGACCAGGAGUCCCAUCCCCAAGCUCAGUUAAAUGGCUAAAGAAGUACCUCAGCCACAAGAGGAAUGAGGCAAGGGCUGCCAAGGGAGGGGUCUGGGCUUCUGGGCUGACACAGGCCUCAGGGACCCCUCUGCUCUGACCUCUGCCAGGCCCCGCACCGCGUCAAUGGAUCUCAGUGUUUGUUAACAAAAUACAAAGCUCUCAACCCCCUCCUAGCUUCUCCUAGCAACAUCUGCGUCCUCAGAAACCUCUGGUUGUUCCUCUCCCACCCAGAACCCGCCCCCCCCAGGCUGCCCUGGCACCAGAGUUGCUGCCAUGCUGGCAUCUCUGGCCCUAGGACUUGUCAUUCUCCCCAGGGACUUCCUAGUUCUUGCCAGCUCCUCCCCACCAUGCCUGACCUUUCUAGGCCUUCCCUCGCCCUGCUGGCCAGCACCCUCUUUGGAGAUCAGGCCCCUAAUCUGCUGACAGCUACACCAUUUCAGAACAGGCUCGGAUCACUCGGCUCCCUAUGACCUUUGUGUGUGUCCUGCCGCUCUUCUCUGAAGCUCUGGUUGGGGGAGGUGUCAGCUGGGUCCCUCCUGCUUCUGUCUGCCCAAGGACAUCCUGGGCUUCACCCAUUUUCUCCCUCAAGCCCUGUGCCUAUUUCUCAGCUGCCCCCAGAGCAGCCAGGGCAGCUAACCAGCACCUGCAGCAGGAGGCCAGGGGGCCAGAGUGGCCCAGAGGCUGAUGGGGGACUGUGAGCAGGGAAGGGGGAGCAGGUGCAUGUUGAUGGCCCCUGACAUUCAAGGCCAGCUCUUCUUUGUCACUGGAAGGCUUUCUCACGAGAUAUUGACUACAUCAGCACCUCAGGAGCUGGGAGACUCAAGGAGAAAAAAAUUAAAGCCCACCCUACCCGCUGUGGUGAGGGAAGAGCAGGAAAGGGGAGAAGGGAAUGUGUUCUGAACUGGCCUUGUUCCAGGAUGGGUUGGCAGGCAGGGAAUGUCACAGGUCAGCAGUCCGGGCCCCUAGCUACAAAUAGGCCCUGUGGGCCUGCCAGGCUCCAGCCACGUUCAGCAGGGCCUCUCAGCUUCCUAUGUGGCAGCACCUGGCACACUGUGGCUCUGGCAGCGUCAUGUUAAUCCUCUCCUACUCCCUGCCAAGUCCGGGAGGCCCGCUCCUCUCAGCCCAAGACCUGGAGGAUUCACUGUUUCACCAGCGAAGGGCAGAGCUGCCUGGACCGGGCUGCAGGAGGGGGGCACAGCUACCCCAGCUUUGGCUGGGCCCAGGCUGGGGCACUGCCUGACUCCAGGGCGGGGGGGGGGGGGGGGGGGGGGGGCCCAGGAGGUCAAGGUCGGGGCAGGGAGGCAGCUCGGCUCAACUUGGGCUGCAGCUGUGACCUUGAUAAGACAAUCCGACACCUCUGCCUACUUUUGUUCACUCCGCGGUUAACAUCUGAAGCCUUCCCUUCAAGUCUACUACCUGUCUACUCAAUAAAUCGCGUUUUUUCCAGAGCGGA